AUGGAUGCUUCCACUGCCGCCGAAAUCGUGUCUGAAACCAAACCCCGGAAAAAUUCCUGUCUUCAGAUACUGAGUAACAGAUUUAUCAGCCUGUUGGAAAAAGCGUUUUACAGACUUGGAUACUCUGUUGCAAGUCACCCAGUUUUCACAAUCUGUCUGUGUGUCCUCGUAUGUGGGUUGUGUGCAAUAGGGAUGAAGGACUUCAAAGAGACAAACGAAGCAGAGAAACUGUGGGUACCUGCCACAUCAAGAAUACAAAAUGAGAAACACUGGGUGAUGGAAAAUUUCCCACCAUUCACUCGUUAUGCUUCUGUCAUCCUUACCAACAACAAUGUCCUCUCACCAACAUCACUGAAAGCGAUGAUGGAAUUCUACAAAUCUGCUUACACAUUAGAAACUGGUCCUCACAACCUAGAAACCAUGUGUUUUCGGGUGGGUCCUGUUUGUCAUGUGACUAGUGUACUUGAGCUUUGGUUUUAUAAUGAAGAGCUCAUCAAUUCAUUGACUCAGGAAGACAUCAUUCAUAAGAUCAACAAUGUCACAAUGAGUCCUAUGUACCACAGUGAGCUCCACCUGGGCUCCCUGCUUGGUCAGACAUGGCGUGAUUCUGCUGGUCAGAUAGUAGGAGCCAAGGCUGCCUCUGUAUUGUUUCUGCUCCAUGAUAAACCUAAGUUGAAGAAACCUGCCAUGGACUGGGAACUACAGAUGGUCAAGCUUGCAAAUGCAGGUCAUAGUGAUCUAAGUGAUAUCUUCAUCUACACGACAAGAAGUUUCGAUGAUGAGGGUUAUGGAGCAGUGAAUGCUGAUGUAAACCUAUUGUCAACAGGAUUCUCACUGGUGAUGGUCUACCUCAUCCUCACCCUGGGCAGAUUUAAUCUCGUCCAUCAGAAGUUCUACUUGUCGAUUGCUGGGCUGCUCAGCGUGGGACUCGCCAUCGGGUUCGCUUAUGGUCUGGCCAUCUCCUGUGGUAUCCUGUACGGUCCUGUCCAUGCCCUAAUGCCCUUCCUCCUUCUGGGUAUUGGUGUGGAUGACAUGUUCGUUAUUGUGGAGGCCUGGAAGAAUUUGUCACAGAAGGAAAUGAAGCUCCCCCUGGUGGACCGCAUGGCACUGUCGCUCAAGCAUGCUGGUGUGUCCAUCACCGUAACGUCGAUCACAGACGUAGUGGCUUUCGCUAUUGGAGCAUCAACAGUGAUUCCGGGUCUCAGUGGUUUCUGUAUCUAUGCAGCCUUGGGAAUACUUGCGUUGUACGGUCUCCAGGCAACCUUCUUUGUGGCUUGUCUCACCUUAGACCAACAGAAAGUUGAGGCAACACGUGAUGGCUGUAUUCCUUGUUAUGUACACAAAAACUAUACUCCAAAUUCCUUCAGCCAGAGGGACAUAAUGACCACAGCCUUCGAAAAAUAUAUCGGACCAAAUCUCAUGAAAUUUCCUGUCAAAACUCUUGUAUUACUCGUCACGUUCACAUUACUUGGAGUCAACGUUUGGGGUUUCUACCAGCUGCGACAGGAUUUCAGUCUGACGAUGUACAUCCCUUCAGAUUCCUAUGCCCAUAAAUAUGCCAUAGCUAGGGAAAAGUAUUUUCCUUCUGAUGGAGUGGACACCGCUGUGUACUGCAAAGACUUUGAGUAUCACAAGAGCCGAGAUUUGAUGGAGAAGAUGUACCAUGAUAUUGUACAGGAUCCAUAUAUCGUCAAUGGUUCUGUGGUGUUCUGGUUCUCUGCCUUCAACAAAUGGUUUGACACCAUUAAAGAUGACCCUUCUGUGGCCCACACCAUGUACGGAGAUAUAAAGUAUCCAUACUCCAAAGCCUGGUUUGCAUUGCUGCUUCAUCAGUUUAUCUACCAGACAUCUCAGGGCCAGGCCUUCCGACAUUUCAUCAAGUUUGAAAAUGCUUCAUCAACCGGCAACCCAAUCAUCAUAGGGACAUAUUUCACACUACGACACACCUAUCAACCUGACUCCAAGUCUGAGAUUAUCGCCAUGGAGAGUCUUCGACAUGUGAUAGAUAACUCAGGUCUUCCUGGAGGUGGCUGCUUUGCUUACACUGACGUCUACCUUACAUAUGAAACCAAUAAGAUUCUACAGCGGGAGUUGUACAGGAAUUUACUGCUGGCAGUCAUCUGUGUGUUUACUGUAACACUUCUGCUGAUAGCAAACUUUCGAACCAGUCUCAUUGUCUUCACAUGUGUCAUCUUCACAUUGGUAGAUGUAGCAGGCACACUGCAUUUCUGGGGUGUUACCAUAGAUACAGCCAGUAGUAUCCUGUUGACCUUGUCAGUCGGCUUGGCUGUCGAUUACUCAGCCCAUAUAGGUCACAUGUUCAUGACAGUCCAGGGAACACGACCAGAGAGAGUGGUGGCUACACUGAAGAAAAUUGGUCCGGCUGUGUUCAGUGGUGGUUUUAGUACAUUUCUGGCCUUCCUGCUGCUUUGUAACAGUUACAGUUAUGGAUUUUCACUUUUCUUUAGGGUAUUUUUUACUGUUGUAUUAUUCGGGCUGUUCCAUGGAUUAAUCUACCUCCCUGUUGUCCUGAGUUGGAUUGGGCCUGAACCAUACGACACACAUCUGACAACAGAGGAUCGGACAAAUGUUUAUGUUCCUGAGUGUAAAUGUAACAGUAAAGGGGAAAGUAAUUAUCUGGACACAUCAUCUCAGAUGUUGAUAUUUGACACCACCACAAGGAAGUCUACAGACCAGGAUGCCUUGUGGGUUCCACAACAGGACUCAGCUGUUGUGGACAAGACAGAACUAGGAAUAACCACACAAGACACAGUCGAGUCGCCUCUGCUAGACGACAGCUCCAAGGAAAUGAUAACCUCGCAGGACCUGCCAUCAUCUCAGAUAAACUUUACCUCAACACAGCCCUCGGACCCCAUCAGCAUGGAUACCAGUCCCCUCCAGUACAAAAGACAACAUUGCCAUUCGGUAAACAACGACAACCAAACACCUCCUCCAAUGAGAGUUCCACAAAACAUGGAUCUAAACAACGAAACAACUCCUCCCUCUACUGUCACCAAGGCAAUACAUACCUCAAAUGCCAUGAUGACGCCAGACUUGAAUAUCCACAAUGGACUGGAGAUGCCUGUCUUGGACACAGAAAAACUCACUUCACCAUGGGUGGUAAAGGGGUCGCAGCUUAUCCUGGCUCCAGGGUGGAAAGAUACUGCCAACCCGAACCCUACCAACAAGCAUCAUCCACAGAAUGUGAUUGGGCAAAAGAAACAAACAGACAGUUUGAAGGAUCCCUCAAGGAAUUCUUCGUUUGAAGCCGACUGA